AUGGGUGCUCAAACCUCAUCUGCUACUACCAAUCAAGGAUUAAAUGAUCAUGUUAAACCAACAGAUGCUAAACAUUCAACAGCCAAAGGUUCAAUAGAUGAAUGUCCACAUUUUCAAAAUCAAAAACCUGAAAAACCUGAAAAACAAACUUAUCCAAGUGAAUGCCCUAUGUCAGGAUCAACAGGCAAUAGUGAUGUUAAUCCAUUAAAUAUGAUGCCACCAGCUAAUCAAAUGCCUGCACCUGAUCAACCAUUUCCAUUAUCAACAGCACGUGUUACUUCAAAUAUUCCUAAAGUAUCUGAGAAAGAUGAAAAUUGGGUUUAUCCAUCUCCGCAAAUGUUUUGGAAUGCAAUGUUACGUAAAGGUUGGCGUUGGCAAGAUGAUGCAUUAGCACCAGCUGAUAUGGAAAAUAUUAUACGGAUGCAUAAUAUUAAUAAUGAACUUGCUUGGAUGGAAGUAUUAAAAUGGGAAGCAUUACAUGCAAAUGAAUGUAUGAAUCCUCGUUUAGCAUCAUUUGGUGGAAAAGCUAAAGAUUUUUCACCACGUGCUCGAAUUAGAAAUUGGAUGGGUUAUAAACUUCCAUUUGAUCGACAUGAUUGGAUUGUUGAUCGAUGUGGAACACGUGUGAGAUAUAUUAUUGAUUAUUAUGAUUCAGAAAAACUCGAUCAUGAUUCAUUAACAUUUACAAUAUUAGAUGUUCGACCAGCAUUUGAUUCAAUUGGCGCUGCUUGGGAUCGUACGCGUGCUGCAUGGUGGCGUUGGACAGUACGAGAUACUUAUGAUACGACAGAAGCACAUACACGUGAUGAAUUGAUAAAGACAGCUAAACAUGAACUUGAUAAGAAAAAAGAACCAUCUGCAUCUUCAUAA